AUGCCUCGGGCGUCAGUUGUCCUCAGCUACUCCCAAAAUCUUGAAAGGCCGGAUUUCUACACCCAAAUACCGAAUCCACUAAAUUUUAAACCAGCAGAGGAACGUUUAAAAGCAACCGUAACAGUCCCUCCAAACGUCCCAGCUUCAGAUUUCGCGCUAGACCCAGUGAAUGCGAUCCCACCAUCUGUUGCUUUCUCUCCUGUAGUCAUGAACCCUCACUUUUAUCAGGAAGAAGAUGCUGGUGCUGUAUCAGAACGUGCCAUUUCAAGGGUUCUGAGGCUUCUACCGGACUAUAAGGAAGCAUGGACUACAUCGUAG